AUGGCAAAUGUGGGAGACCCUGUGCAAAAUGGAAGGAGCGAGUUGUUUCCCGACGCACAUUUUGCUGCCACUGCCUGCCAUGGAAUGCACCAGCACAUCCCGGCAGGCGCGACUAUGUAUAUCUACGAUGAAGGUGGAGUCGGAUUCAAAACAACGGUGUUAUUCAAGAGUCCAGAAGAACAGAGGGACUUCUUGCUGUUGAGAUUUACUACCAACCUUGUCGUGCCUCCUCCAUUUGUUACUUCACCUGUCAUGGGUGGUGCACACUAUUUGCUCAUGGGGUACCCCAGUGGGCCCGUGAAGUCUUUGAGC